CUGCCAUGAGAGCUGAGCACCAGGUCACCAGCCCCCCCCCCUUUUGCAGUUGAUGGAUCUGCAGCUGGUCCAGAGAUGACAGACAGCGUCAGGGCCUUCCUCUGCAAUGUUGCGACGGGGAUCAAGGACUCCAUAUUGGGGAUCGGAACAAUCUCCAAGCUGGAUGCUCGCAUUCAGCAGAAAAGAGAAGAGCAGCGGAGGAGAAGGGCCAGUGGGGCCCUGGCACAGAGAAGGGCACAGAGUGAGGAGCGCAAACCGGACAAUGAACCCAAAGUAGCCAGCAGGAUUUUUCAGUGUUGUGCCUGGAAUGGGGGAGUGUUCUGGCUCAGUCUCUUUCUCUUCUACCGGGUGUUUAUCCCACUGCUGCAGAGUCUCACAGCAAAAAUUAUUGGUGACCCCUCCCUACAUGGCAAUGUGUGGUCCUGGUUAGAGUUCAUCCUGACCUCCGUCUUCAGUGCUCUCUGGGUUCUCCCUCUGUUUGUCCUCAGCAAGAUAGUCAAUGCCAUCUGGUUCCAGGAUAUCGCUGACCUAGCAUUUGAAGUGUCUGGCUGUAAAGCUCAGCCAUUCCCCAGUGUCAGUAAGAUCAUCGCAGAUAUGCUUUUUAACCUCCUCCUCCAGGCACUCUUCCUCAUUCAGGGUAUGAUCGUUAGCCUCUUCCCCAUCGACGCCAUUGGACAGAUGGUGAGCCUCCUCCACAUGUCUCUGCUCUAUUCCCUGUACUGCUUUGAGUAUCGCUGGUUCAACAAUGGCAUUGAGAUGCACCAACGGCUUUCCAAUAUUGAGAGGAACUGGCCCUAUUACUUUGGCUUUGGUUUACCCAUGGCGCUGCUCACUGCCCUGCCCUCCUCAUACAUAAUCAGUGGCUGCUUGUUCUCCAUCCUCUUCCCUCUGUUCAUCAUCAGCGCUAAUGAGGCCAGGACGCCAACAAAGCUGUACCACUUCCAGCUGCGUCUCUUCUCCCUUGUUGUGCUGAUCAGUAACAAGCUUUUCCACAAGACGGUCUACCUGCAGUCCUCGCUGACGUCAUCCAUCUCCUCAGAGAGGCUGUCCACGCCUCACACCUCCCCGACCCGUCAGAGAAUUCUGCCCACCCAGUGAUCCAUCCACUUGAAGGAGAUGAGACAGCAACUGAUGAGUGGCUUCACUCAGUGUAGAAAAAGUGAUUACUUUUAGAAGGAUUGUCCUCAAUGAAGUUGACUGUGUGGUUUAGGACAAAGGAUUUACAGUACAUGUUUUAUCUAAUCUCUGCCCUGUUGAUUAUUCAUUUGCAGCAGACACAUUUUCAGUGUGAUACAAAACUGAAGACUGCCCUGUGCCUCACACUCAAAACACAUUAUAUACUCAGCUGUUGACUUUUAUUCUUUUAUUAAUUUUCUUUCAUUAUUUUUUCUGUAAUGUGCCAUUUGAGCAACUUUAAUAAAUUUCAGUACAAGAAAUUAUGUAGUGAUAAUGUUUAAGCAAAGUUUUGACUAAAGGAUUUUUUUAACUUUGAAAGGGGUUGUUUGCAUUCAGAAGUGAAAUGGUCUUGUUUGCCUACAGUACAUGUUUUCUUGAUGUUGCAAGUCACAUUCCUUCCUCGCAGAUCGAAUGCUUUCUUGCACAUGGAAAUAUGGCAAGUUCUGGUGUCCAAGCAGUUCUAGGGAAAACCCUGUACAGGUAAAAAGUGAGGAUGAUUUUUAUCCUGUUACAGCUUUGUUUUUAGUAGAAUUUACAAAUCAGCAAGGUGCUGCCGUAAAAAUGAUUGGUGACCUUAGUAAUGGAAGCUUAAUAACAAAGUCACUCUUGUUGUGUGGUGACUAAAGGUUUGAUUGGUGUGGCAUCCUGAAUUAAAAUGUCACUUCACUGUCUGAUGUGAUGCAAAUCACAAGGUGACACCAGCAGAGGAAGAGCUGUCUUAGUGUUUUCAGUCUGUGUGACUUUAGUAGGUGAUGGGGGAGAUGACACAGCCAAACUGCUGUAUUAAUGUUUUGUUAGUUUAAUUUGACCACUACAAUUCUAAGCUCUGUAAUAAAGGAAGGAGUCCUGUAGUUGAAGUCUUUAUAUCUUAACAAAUAGCCUUGACCUGCUUGCUCUUGGUUUCCUUCUGAGAGCUAAAGCAAAUAUAACUGAUUCCUUAGGAUCACUGGCUGUUUGGAUUUGUGCUGUACAUAGUAUUAAUACAUUCUGAAUGUUCAACCAGAAGCCCACCACCAUGCAACGACCUAGUCACCAAAUCUUUGCUUGCUCAUCAGAGCUUGUGGCCAUGGGAGGGGCCAUGAUUUUAAAACCCUGUGCAAUUAUUAUAAGAAGAGCAUAGUGUUUGUGUAGACUGAUGUUUGUGAGUGAGAUUUUGUGAAAGUAAUAUGUAUAAUUUCAAUAAAAUUGGUCAGUAUUUAAAAUGUUUGUUCACUCUUCAAGAGUUUGAAGCCAUGGUACCGAUUAGACAGGAAUUAAUAGAUCAGUGCAAAGCCUUUACACUGAUGGACUGACUGAUUAAAGGGGAUCAGAUGGGACAGUUUGAGUUGGUUUGAGACCCCGCAGAGAAGGCAAUCACAUUUCAAAUUACUAAAAUAUGAAUGUGUUGAAUGUUGUGCUACCUGUAUCCCUAUGUGCCAUUCAGUAUAAUACAGUCCCAUUUCCAAAAUCUUUGGGAUGCUGUGUAAAUAA